CUGUGUGAGUAUUGAUAAAGACGUAUCAUCAAGGUUACCAAACUUUAGUUACUGUAAUUUACAUCUACAUAUUUAAUUUUAUCUAGUCUCGAUAUUAUACAGGAGAACUUUGAAAAAUAUCUUGAUAUACAAUAACUUAAAUAUGAAAAAGAAUACAUUACCUAUAAAUUAAUUAAAUAUAUUUGAAAUAUCACCUCUUCCCAAGGAACGAGUAAACAGCGCACAGCGCCAACUAGUGUUUCUCUAUGUUAUCAAUAAAAAAGAACUGACGUGAAACACUGCCGGUUAUAGAUACAGUUUCUUUAAUUUUACGAUUAUACUAUUGAUAAUUAAUCUUAUUUUUGAAAGACUACUAUGUUUAAUCGUAAAUUAAAAGCUCUAGGAUAUUUGGAAUGGGAUAAAGUCAAUGGAAACAAUACCGAACAUUUUCGUAAGGUUGUCAUAUGGUUGGAAGAUCAAAAAAUUAGACUUUAUACAAUUGAAAAACGCAAUGAUUUACGAAAUAUUAAAUCUGAUAAAUGGCCAGAAGUCUUCCAAAAAUAUUGUAAGGAUAUAGAUUGUCCAGUAACAACUAAUCCUCUUGAUCAGCUGGAAUGGCUCAUAGGACGCGCUGUCAAUUUAGAAUACGCAGAUGAUUGUAAAAAAUACCAAGAAAUUACUGGAAAUAAGAAAAAUAAACAAGAAUCUAUAAUACCGAGUCUAAAAUCAUCAAAUCCAUUAGAUAAUUUAGAUUUUUACAGCAAUGAAUUUAAAAAUGGUGUCAAUGCUAUAGCCAAACUCUUAAAUAUUCCAAAACAUUCUAGUCAUCUUACUACGCUUGAAGCUUGUAGCAAACUUGUAUGUAAUCGAUUAAAUGCAGCAGCAAUUGCAAAUCCUAAUACUAUUAUUGUAAAAGGCAAGCCAUUUCCAAUAAUGGAUACUAAAUCUGGUACCAGUUUAGGCGAUGUGGUUCUAGAUAAUGCUGCAAAAGGUUUAACAUUGUUAUACAUUCAUGAUUUGAGGAAUCUGCAAACAAAGAUUAAUGAACUGAUUGUUUCUGUACAAAAUGUUACAGCUAAUCCUAAAACUGAUACUAAAUUAGGAAAAGUUGGAAAAUAAGGUGCAUUAUAUGUAAAUUUUCUUAUAUAAUGUACACAAUAUCAAUCUAUUUAUACCCAAUAGACUGUAAUAUCUAAUAUACGCUUUAUUAAUGUGAUUAAUAACACGUCAUGAAAUCAAUUCGUUAUAGAUAUUAAUGAGUAUAUAAGUUGUAUACAUUAUAGGCUUUUCUAGAAUGAUAUAUUCUAAAAAAUAUUAUGUAGUGUAUAUCUUGUUUAGUACGACGCGAAUAUACAAUUGAGUAGUAAUUAUUUAAUUAAACUCUAAAUAUAUAUUUACAAAAAGUCUUUUAUUAUUGAUAUUGUAUUUAAAUAAAGAAUACUACUUGUUAUAUAUGCAAUUAGUAUCAUAGAACAUAAUACUCAUUAAAAGAUGAAUAAUAGAACUUUUAGAUGACAUGGAAUAAUAUAAAAGGAAUAUUAUUCAAAUAAUUGAAAACAUCACAUUGUAUAGAUAUUACAAAAUGUAUAUUGUAGUGUAAUACAUCCGUAAGAGAAAAUUGAAUUGUAUAAAAAUAAUUCUUGCUAAAAAAACUGAUCAAAAAUAAAAUAACUCAAGGAUUUAUACUAAUUCUAUUAAAUAUAUUAAAUCAAUUUUUGUACUGUUGUGAAUUGAUGUAUACAACAUCUUAUUAGAAUUUAUAAUAAAUUUGUGUAAUACAAGUGAGAUGUAACACAAGA